UUUAUUCUUUGCAAGAUUCUUUUUCUUGUCUAAUGAUGAAUUACUGGAAAUUUUAUCGGAGACAAAAGAUCCACAACGUGUACAACCACAUUUGAAGAAAUGUUUCGAAGGAAUUGCUACUCUUACAUUCGAUGAGAAUGGUAUAAUCACUGAACUGGUUUCCGAAGAAAUGGAACGUGUUUCACUAGUGCGUAAAAUUAAUCCAGCCCUUGCUAAUGGUUUAGUGGAAAUGUGGUUAAAAGAAGUCGAAGGUGCUAUGUUGGACAGUGUUCUUAAUCAAUUAAAGAAAGCUUGGGAAGAUUAUUACCAAGGUGAUCGUGUUGGAUGGGUGACAUCAUGGCCUGGACAAGUCGUACAAGGUAUAUCAUGUAUGGCUUGGACUUACGAGGUAGAGGAAGCCAUAGAAAAGAAGUCACUACCAGCAUAUGUUGUAAAAAGUACUGCACAAAUUGGUGAUCUCGUACGAUUAGUGCGUUUAGAUUUAAAGAGUGGACUUCGUAUAACUGUUGAGGCUCUUAUUGUUCUAGAUGUACAUGCUCGAGAUGUUGUAAAGGCCAUCAGUGACUUAAAUGUAUUAUCAAUACAUGAAUUUGAUUGGAUAUCACAGCUCCGAUAUUAUUGGCAUGAAAAUGAGAAAAAAGAAGAAUACGUCUGUGUCAGUAUGGUUGUAACAGAUGUUAAAUAUGGUUUGGAAUACCUUGGCAAUUUACCGCGUUUGGUUGUUACUCCAUUGACCGAUCGUUGUUAUAGAACUUUGAUGGGUGCGCUAAAACUAUGUUUAGGAGGUGCACCAGAGGGUCCAGCUGGCACUGGUAAAACCGAAACAUGCAAAGAUUUAGCCAAAGCCGUCGCUAAGAAAUGCGUAGUUUUCAACUGUUCCGAUGGCUUAGACUACAAGGCUUUAGGAAAGUUCUUUAAGGGAUUGGCACAAUCUGGCGCUUGGGCAUGCUUCGAUGAAUUCAAUCGAAUCGAAUUGGAAGUAUUGUCUGUAGUAGCGCAGCAAAUUUUAACCAUACAACGGGCGAUCGGAAGAAAAGUUGUGAAAUUCUUCUUUGAAGAUACAAUGUUGCGUUUGGAUCCAACUUGUUCCAUAUUCAUAACCAUGAAUCCAGGGUAA